GCGUGCCGGCGGCCGGAGCGAGCGGGGUCGUGUCGCUUCGCUGCGCUUCGCUUCGCUGCGUGCCUGAGCAGCAUGGACGGCCCGGGGGAGGCGGCGGCGGCGUCGGUUGCGGGAGGCCCGGAGGGAGCGCGGCCAUGUGGGCUGCGCGGCGGGCGGAGGCCCUGAAGCGCAGCGGCGGUUCGUGGGAAGGCCCCCCUGGAGGGGAGGGCGGCGGCGGCGGCGGCUGCCACGGAAGAAAUUCUGACAUGCUGGCUGCAGAUGAAUUUCUAAGAUCGCCACCAAAGAAAACAGUCCGUUUUGGUGGGGCAUUGGACGAGAUCCUGCAGAAAUACAAAAAGGGCGAAACAACUGACUUUGAUUUGUUGAAGCAUCAGCUGUUGGAUCCAGACAUAAAAGAUGAUCAGAUUAUUAACUGGCUGCAUGAAUUCCGGGCUUCUGUUACACAGUUGACCAAGGACUUUGAACAACUUGUCAACAUCUUACUGAAGGUGCCGUGGCUGAGAAGAAGCCAAGCAGUGGUAGAAGAAUACUUGUCUUUUCUGGGCAACUUGGUGUCUGCACAGACCAUCUACCUAAGGCCAUGUCUCGCAAUGCUUGUCUCCCACUUUGUCCCACCUCGAAUAAUCAUACAAGAGAAUGAUGUGGACAUCUCUGAUUCAGACGAUGAUGAAAAUGUUCCAGAGGCGUUUGAAACCUGCCACAGAGCAUUGCAAACAAUUGUAAAAUACGUUCCACUGACACCACAGUUUCUUAUGCCGGUGCUCACUGAAAAAUUCCCAUUCAUCAAUAAAUCAGAGAGAACUCUGCAAUGUUACGUCCAUAACGUGCUCCGGAUCAGUGGAUAUAUCCCAACCCUGAGACGUGACAUUUUGGAGCUGGUAAUUGAAAGGCUGUUAAAGAUGGAUGUGAGUGCCCCCAGAAAAGAUAUUGAAACUGCUGAAGCUAUGAGUGAGGAGACCACUGAGGAAGGACUUUUUGACAUGGAUGAAGAUGAGGAGAAGGCAAAAAGGAAAGAGAUAAUGGCUCAUCCAAUCGCAGAACGCCUGGACAUUCUGAUGAUGAUCAUGUUCUCCUACGUUAAGGAUAUCUGCCAUGUGAAUGGAAAGCUUGAUACUGGCAACACCAAGAACUUGUAUCGCGAUCUGGUGGCUGUAUUUGAUAAGCUAAUUCUACCGACCCAUGGCUCAUGUCACGUGCAGUACAUCAUGUUCUACCUCUGCAGCUUGAAAUGGGGGAUUGCAGAAGUCUUCGUGGAGCACCUUUGGAAGAAGAUCCAGAACCCCAAUACUCCCGCAGUGAUCCGGCAGGCUGCUGGGAACUACAUUGGCAGCUUUUUGGCACGGGCAAAGUUUAUCCCGGUUGUGACGGUGAAGGCCUGCCUCGACUUGCUGGUGAACUGGCUGCACCUGUACAUCGACAACCAAGACUCGGGGGGGUCGAAAGCCUUCUGCGACGUCGCCAUCCACGGCCCCUUCUACACUGCCUGCCAGGCCGUCUUCUACGUGCUCAUCUUCCGCCACAAGCAAAUCUUGGAGGGCAACCUCAAGAAAGGCCUGGCAUUCCUGCAGAACUUCAACUUUGAGCGCAUCAUUAUGAGUCAGUUGAACCCCCUGAAGGUGUGUUUGCCUUCCAUUGUGAAUUUCUUUGCUGCCUUCACAAGGAAGUACCAGAUUGCAUUCUGCGACACCAUCAUUGAGAGGAACAGGAGACAAGUUUUGCCGGUUGUGAGAAGCAGCUGUGGGGGUGACUCCAUCGAGACUUGCACAAAUCCCCUGGACAGUUUUUUCCCCUUUGACCCUUACAUUCUCAAAAGAUCGCAGAACAUAAUCAACCCUUUGUAUCAGUUUUGGGAAGAGGAGAGUGCCGAGGACCUUGGAGAAGCUGCAGGCGUUGCAAGUGAGAGCAAAGGGGAAGAGGAAGACGACUUCUUGAAAGGCGAAACUCCUCAGAACGAUGGCGUAAUGGUGGGCAUCACACCGGGUUCCUUUGACUCCAGUCUUCAGAGUCCGGGAACGCGCAUCGGGUCGCCACUAGCCGUGUCUCUGCAGCUCUGACCUUCCAGGAUCAGCUGAAAAAGACUUUGGGCAGUUGUCAUUUCUAUAAAGAGAAUUUGUUGGGACAGUUUCUGAAGUAUUUGAAUGAUCUUGGUAGUGAAAAGUUGGUUGGGGGAAAGUGCAGAGAAAAAGCAUGACUGUCUUACAGGGGUGUGUUUAUUUUUUACUUUUUGCACAAGAAAAUGAUUUGCUACUGCUUAGCUUUCUUUCCACAUCUUGAUUUUGAAGUAGCUCAUUUGGUUUAUUAAAUGUAUCAUGACAAUGA